AGCGGAUCGUUAAGCUCCUUUAGAGCUGUUUGAGUUCGUGUAAAUCUAGUAAGUAGGCUGCGGUAAAAUGUCACUAGUGGUAUAAGCGUUGACUUUGUUGUUCACGGGUUGGCAGAAGUGUGUUAGGAGCGUGCGUGAGAGAGUAGUAUUAGUAGUUGAAAAAGAAUAUGGCGCCAAAGUAAGACCAUGAGCUCGCCUUGUAAAUUUCAAGCAAAUAAAGAAAGUUUAAACCGCAAUAAGGAGACGUCAUUUAAGUAACAGCAUUUUCCAAGAAACGACGACAACCAGCGUUCACAGGAGUGAACGCGGCAGUAAAAGAGCAGCAAAAACAUUUGGUCCUUCGAGCCGGAUCCUGGGCGACGAGACCGGGAUCGAAAGGGCGGCAGGUCUGGUUUCAGACCACAAGGAGCAGCCCGACCUUGGAAGCGAGCGAAGCAAGUGUCCUGGAUUGCUGCCAGGGACAAUUCAGAGGCGUCAUAAAUUCGAGUAAGGCAAGCCAGAAAGACGCGGACGAGUACAUGUUACCCGGCGUGGUCGAAGCCAUUAGACUCGGCGCGCGGGAACGUCCAUUUUACCCGGCGUGGUAGAAGCCAUUAUACUCGGCGCGCGGGAACGUCCAUGCUGCCCGGCGCGGUCGAGUACAUUAUACCUGAGGGACGAAUACGUUCGCGCAGACACACGGACGACGCACGGACGACGCCAUCACCACGUGCACGCAGUUUGGCGGCAAGAGCAAUCCGCUGGUGACAACGCAGAGACGACAACAGCAGCGGAAGUAAUCACAAGCGGGCACGAGGGGGAGCAGCAGAGAAAAUCCGUGGAUGACAACGUGAAGACGACAGCAGUACGAGACGAGCAGACAAGCGUGCGCCUCCUACAUAAGCGAUAAGUAAAGGACAUUGCGAACAAUAGCAAAUUCAAGGGACAAAUUCUUAAAUGUAAGGAUUUUCAAGUCAGUUAUUAGAAGCGUUUUCAAGUCAGUUCGUUAUAAGAAUUUAAUCAGUUCGGUACAAGCAUUUUAAGUCAGUUCGUUGUAGCAUUUGAUGUUAGUUGAAUUACGUGGCGCGUGAUAAAUUAAAUAAUAAGUAUGGAGAAUAAUCCGGAAAUAGCAAAACUGAAACAGAAAAAAAGGAUAGCGAAGGCUAGCUUCACGAGAGCAGAGAAUUUUUUAAGAACCGUAGAGCCGGACAGGGUUAAGGUAGACGAAGUAAAUUUAAGGUUAAAAAAGUUAGAAGAAGCUUGGAAGGCUAUUGAGGAAAGUUUAACAGAAUUAGCAAUUUUUGAAGCAUUUAGUGAAGAGCAGGUAGACCAGGAGUUGGUCGAGCAAGAGGAAAGGUAUAUAGAGUUAAGGUUAUUCGGAGAAAGAUUAGUGAGAGACCGAGUGAGACCAGCCUUCGCUGAAAAUAACCUAAACCAAGCAGUCGAUGUAUUGGAGAAUCAAAGAAUACGCAAUAAUGACAACCAGGUUAAAUUACCUAAAAUUGAAUUGCCAGUGUUUUCCGGAAAAUACGAGGAUUGGCAUUCCUUUUACAAUACGUUUCAGUCAUUAAUACAUUCUAACCAGUCUAUAAAUGAGAUUCAAAAAUUCCAUUAUUUAAUAUCUUCAGUGAAGGGCGAAGCGGCCGAAACUAUAGCAUCUUUAGAAAUAUCUGAAGCCAAUUAUAGAGACGCUUGGUUUAGGUUAAAGGAGCGUUACGACAUUGAAAGAUUCGCGGUUCAAAAUCACAUAAAGGCAAUAUUUGAGCUACCUACGCUAAAAAAGGAAAAUAGUAUAACUCUGCGCAGCAUAUUAGACGGUAUAUUGAAGCACAUUCGUGCAUUAGCGGCUUUAAAACGACCCACGAGUCAGUGGGAUGAUUUAUUAAUUUAUGUCAUAACGAGUAAAUUAGAUUACAUCACAACAAAGGAAUGGGAAAGCCACGUGGAUGCUCAACGUCUGCCUACGUUCCAAGAGUUAAUUGAAUUUUUAACCAAGCGAUGUCAGAUGUUGGAGGCUGUGGCCAGAAGGAAUCCAUCCAUGCCAAAGGUUGAUAAUUCACGCUCGGCUAGUCAAGAUCGUUUAAAGCAAGUAAAGGCGUUGAGGCUUUGCUUGAAUUGUCUAAAGGGUAAGCACAUGGCAAAGGACUGUUACGCGGGUGGCUGUAAGAAAUGCGCGAAAAGGCAUAGCACUUUGUUACACGAGGUUCGCGAAUCUUCAAAGGAGGAUAAGACUGAGAAAAAUAGUUUAUGUGUGACACAGCAAGUUAACCAAGACAAAUCAGUUGAUACUAUAAACGCGUGUUCUCAAGUAGUGGAGUCGGUAGGAGCAUAUCAGGUAUUAUUAUCUACAGCAAUAGUUAAAGUCAAGGACCACACGGGUCAUUACAAAGAAGGCAGAGCAUUGUUAGAUAGUGGCUCUCAAUCUAGUUUCAUAACGGAAGAAUUUGCUAAGGCGUUAAAAUUGAAAACCGUUGAUGAGAAAGUAAUGAUAAAAGGGAUAAACCAAAUCGCGUCAAAGUCAACCAAAACCGUAAAUUUAAAAAUAGCAUCCCGUUUUGGCACGUUCGAAAGAGAUUUAAGUUGCAUCGUACUUCCUAAAAUUACGCAAAAUCUACCUACGGUUUCAAUAAGCACGACGGCGUUAGAGAUACCAAGGAAUAUUAAGUUAGCGGAUCCUAGUUUUAAUGUAUCAAAUAAGAUAGAUUUAUUGAUUGGAGCGGAAAGUUUUUGGGAAUUAAUCUGUAUAGGGCAAAUAAAGUUAGGCGUAAAGGGCCCCAUAUUACAAAAAUCAUUAGUCGGGUGGCUAGUCACGGGACCAAUAGGCGAAGUUAAAUCUAACAAGCGAGUACAAACCCAAUGCAAUUUGAGUACAAUGGCAGCAUUAAAUGAGACCAUGAAUAAGUUUUGGGAAACAGAAAAUUAUAAGGGAAGUGUAGCGACAAAUGACGAGGAGUCAUACGUGGAAGGACAUUUUUUAGAAACGUAUAAGCGUCAACCGGACGGAAGGUUUAUUGUUCAAUUACCGAUCAAAGAAGAAGGGAUAGAAUUAUUAGAAGACUCCCGAAAAGUAGCGUUAAGGCGACUGCUAGCUUUAGAAAGGAAAUUUGAAAGGCGUCCAGAAUUUAAGACUGAAUAUGUUAAAUUCAUGCGCGAAUACGCUCAAUUAGGUCAUAUGAAGCGAAUAGAGAAUCACGAUAGCGAUAAAUUGCGGGUCUUCUUACCACAUCACGCCGUGCAAAACGAAGAUAGUAAAACCACAAAAACGCGGGUGGUGUUUGAUGCGUCUAGUCGAUACGCUAAGGGAAGGUCGUUGAACGACGCAUUAUAUAAGGGACCGGUAGUUCAAACGGACUUAUUCGAAUUAAUUGUACGCUUUAGGGCAUAUAAAUAUGUUUUGUGCGCGGACAUAAAAAAGAUGUACAGACAAAUCUUGGUGAAUAAGGAACAAACGCGUUUACAAAGUAUCCUGUGGCGGGAAGAGGUUAAUUCAGAGGUGGAGGAAUACGAGUUACUGACCUUAACGUACGGGACAAAACCUGCUUCAUUUUUAGCAACCAGAUGCCUAAAGCAAUUAGCGGAAUUAGAAAAAUCGGAUUAUCCAAGGGCCGCGGAGAUAGUCAACAGAGAUUUUUACAUGGACGAUUUAAUAACCGGCGGGAAUUCAGAAUCCGAGAUAAGAGAGCUAAAAGGGGAAGUAACGGAGUUGUUAGCGCGGGGAGGGUUUGAAUUACAUAAGUGGAAUUCGAACAUUUUAAUAAAUAAGCUAAGUCAGACUGAAGAUGAGGCUGUGAGUCUAAGCAAGGAGCAGGAAUCCAGACUGUUAGGAGUAUUGUGGAAUCCAUGCAAGGAUACAAUUUAUUAUAAGGUAUCACUAAACGAUAACGAAGCACGUGUAACAAAGAGAGCUAUGCUGGCACAAAUUUGCCGACUAUUCGAUCCAUUAGGACUUGUAGGGCCUGUCAUAGUAUCAGCUAAAUUACUCAUGCAAGAAUUAUGGAGUCUAGGCGUAGAUUGGGAUGAGUCGGUGCCAAUGCACAUACAAAAGGCGUGGGAGAAAAUAAGGUCACAACUGUGCAUGCUUAAUAGCUUAAAUAUAGUUAGAAAGGUAAUCUCAGGAGAUAAAAACUGUCAAGUAGAAAUACAUGGAUUUUGUGACGCGAGCGAGAAGGCAUAUGGAGCAUGCAUAUAUAUACGUGAACAAAACGAACGAGGGGAGGUAACAGUCUCAUUGCUAUGCGCGAAGUCGCGUGUGGCACCUAUCAAGGCGCUAUCAUUACCGAGGUUAGAGUUGUGUGGAGCCGUGUUGCUGGUAGAUUUGAUGGAAAAGAUAAUAAAAUGUCUCGACUUAAAGAUGCAAAAAAGGUUUUAUUGGACUGACUCUUCGAUAGUAAUGGCAUGGCUGGGCUCCCCGGCUAAAAAAUGGCAAGUGUUCGUAGCCAACCGUGUUAGCAAUAUUCAUGACAAAUCCUCAAUUUCUGAGUGGCGACAUGUGAGAUCCAAAGAAAAUCCCGCUGAUGUCAUAUCAAGGGGCACCAUGCCCAAGCAAUUAAUGCAGCUAAAAUUGUGGUGGGAAGGACCUCAAUGGUUAAAAGAAAAUGAAAGUUUAUGGCCUAAGGAAAGAGAGGAAUUGUCAGCUGAACAGAUACCGGAAAGAAAAAGACAAGCGGUGAUAGCGUUAGCGAAAAUAGACGAAGCAUUUAUAGAAUACCAAAGAUUUUCUUCAUUUAACAAAUUGUUGCGAGCGUUAGCAUAUGUAAUAAGGUUUAGCAGGAAUCUAAAGAGUAAAAAGGAAGAACGCGAAAGAGGGCCGAUUACGGUUAUAGAAGUUAAUAAAGCAAAGUUAGCAAUAGUCAAAUUGACACAAGAAGAAGUGUUCCAAGAAGAUUUGAGGGAGUUGAAGAGUGGCAAGAUUCACAGAAGAUCCAAGUUAGCAGCUUUACAUCCUUUCCUGGACAGCCAGGGAAUAUUAAGAGUAGGAGGAAGAUUAAGACACGCUCUGAUAGACGAAGAAAGAAAGCACCCUAUAUUACUGCCAGCAAUACAUCACGUUACAACAUUGAUCAUAGUGCAUCAUCACGAGAGACUUUUUCAUGCAGGAGCUCAAACGACAUUAAACUCAGUACGAGAAGAAUUUUGGCCGAUCUUUGCGAAGAGCCGAGUAAAAAAGGUGAUUCGUAAUUGCGUGACAUGCCGGAAGGCUAACCCUAAGCCUAGCUGGCAGCUGAUGGGCGAGCUGCCGUCAGUUCGAGUCAACAUCAACAGACCCUUCUUAUGUUCAGGAGUGGAUUACUGCGGACCAUUUCAUGUUCGAGAUCGGGUCCGGCGGAAUAGCAAAAAAUAUAAAGCAUACGUGGCCAUAUUUGUAUGUAUGACUACAAAAGCGGUGCAUAUUGAACUGGUUGAGGAUAUGACAACGGAAGCCUUCUUAGGUGCUUUAAAAAGAUUUACCGCACGAAGAGGUAAAGUUCAAGAGAUAUACUCUGACAACGGAACGAACUUCGUUGGGGCCGACCGGGCAUUGCAGCAGAUCCUGGAAGCAGAAGAAUUUAAAAACACGGUACAAGAAUUUGCAACAAGCGAAAGAAUAGAGUGGCAUUUUAUUCCACCAAGAUCGCCGCACCAAGGAGGUCUAUGGGAAGCGGCGGUGCGUUCAAUGAAGUUACAUUUAAAACGAACGCUAGGUGAUGUCUCCCUCACAGUAGGAGAAAUGUUCACUGUACUAGCUCAGGUGGAAGCUAUAUUGAAUUCGAGGCCGAUAACAGCUUUAUCCGAAGAUCCGAACGACCUAAGAGCGCUGACCCCAGGUCAUUUUUUGAUUGGGGAAAGCCCUCAAGCUUAUCCUGAAAGGAAUUUAGAGGAGGUUCCCGCAAAUCGUUUAUCCAGAUGGCAACAUGUGGAAAAAAUUCGGCAGCAAUUAUGGAAACGAUGGCAAGGCGAAUACCUAUCAACCUGUCAGCAAAGAAGUAAGUGGAACUCCGAAAACAGUACCAAGUUUCAGGUAGGACAGUUGGUGAUGUUGAAGGAGAGUGAAAGCAUGCCGUUGAAAUGGACUCUUGCCAGAAUUACAGAAGUACAUCCAGGGGCGGAUAAAAUCGUCCGAACGGUUACUGUGCGUACCAGAAAGGGUGUAUAUAAGAGAGCAAUUGUCAACAUUUCGCCGAUAUUUGAGGACUAAACAAUGGUAGAAUUUGAAAGAUUAAUGUAUUUGUAUUUCCGUUUAUCUUAAUGUAGGUUUUCUUUAUUCCUUUAUACGUCCUAUUUGUGUGUUUGUAUCUUUACAAAUAUUUCUAUUUGUCAAGGCGGGCGGCGUGUUUGAGUUCGUGUAAAUCUAGUAAGUAGGCUGCGGUAAAAUGUCACUAGUGGUAUAAGCGUUGACUUUGUUGUUCACGGGUUGGCAGAAGUGUGUUAGGAGCGUGCGUGAGAGAGUAGUAUUAGUAGUUGAAAAAGAAUAUGGCGCCAAAGUAAGACCAUGAGCUCGCCUUGUAAAUUUCAAGCAAAUAAAGAAAGUUUAAACCGCAA